CACUAGCAGAUUACCAUUGUUCCAAGGUUGUCGCGCGGUUUACUAUCCCCCUCCAGUUGUAACUUGUAAUCGUUGUGAGCUGUAUCUUGUAACCGAGACAUAUAUAGGACCAACUAUGAAUUUUUCGUCACAUUAUGGGUUCAAAGUAUCUCCUGUAUCAAGGUGGUUCCACAUUUUCCCACAUGUAGACAUCAGUUUUCAACAAGUAAAUGCCACAUUUGACAUUACUGAUAAUUCAUAUCUUGAGGCCUUAGGAAUCCUUGUGGCUGUCCCAGGGUUCUGGUUAAUCCUCACACUUCUGGCCUUCCUCAUUUUUUUUCUCUGCUGCUGCUGUUGUUGUGGUAACAACAAAAAACAGAAGAAGUUGACACCAUUGAAAUGGACGUUAGGCAUCUUUUCGGUGUUAUGUUGUGGAGCGCUAGCAGUUGGGUUUUAUGGGAACUUCCUAGCCCACGAAGGUAUCCAGAAGGUAGAAGAUGCUACACAAGAAAUGCGAGUAUUCAUCCAGGGAUUUCAUGAUCGUGUUAAUCGCACUGAAUUCAUACUGACCCAAAACGUCAGAGAAAACUUGCAGCAACUGAAUGUGACCUUUAAACAAGCUGGGUCCAAUGCCACUGUCCAGUCUGAAUUACUGGAGUUAAUUCAAAUCAUGUCAAAAAAUAUCUCUCAGUUAACUAAAAGAGUUAGAGAUGUUGAUGCAGCACUUGUAAAUGGGCUUCUCAAAUCAGUAAAUGAAACUAUCCACCUGGUGGAACUGUUCAGAUGGCCAGCAACAUUUGCUGUCUUGAGUUUAUUGGUUAUUUUCUGUUUCAUCUUAAUUGGAGCCGUUUGUCGAACAUCACGCUGCCUGCUUAUCUUUUUUUCAGUGGUGGGACUGAUGUCUGUGGUCAUAUGUUGGGUAUUGGUGUCAUUCUACCUUGGUUUGUGUGUGGCUGCUGGAGAUUUCUGUCUAGAACCAGAACCAUAUCUUCACAAGGAAGUGGAUCCUUUCUUUAAUACAGGUGUAGUUCAAUACUACAUUCACUGUGGUGAGAAGAUGAAGAAUCCUUUCUCAAAGUCUUUCAAGGAGAGCAUCGCUAAGGUGGACAACCUGGAAAGGUCACUUGGUGAGGUCAAGGAGUUAGCUGAACCAAAUUUUCCACAACCGAAGGUAUGCACUUGAUAAGUUA